AUGGUGUGUUGGAACUGCGAGAAGCCUGGGCAUAUAAAAAGCGAAUGUCGGGCACCAAGGAAGGACAAAGAAGGCCGGACAGCCAAUGCCGCGACGGAGGACACGGCGGAUGCACUCUUGUUGAGUGUGAGAAGCUCGCUCGAUGACUGGAUCGUGGACUCAGGGGCCUCGUUUCACUCUUGCAGUAGCAGAGACAUCAUGGAGCCAUACACCGCAGGUGAUUUUGGCGUGGUAUAUCUUGCAGACAACAAACCCCUAAAAAUUGUAGGGACGGGAGAUGUGCAGAUCAAGUCCGCAAAUGGGUCAUGCUGGACCCUACGGGAUAUGAGGCACAUUCCAGGACUAAAGAGGAAUCUCAUCUCAGUUGGACAGCUGGACAAUUACGGCUUCCACACAAUGUUUGGAGACGGAAAGUGGAAGGUCAGCCGAGGAGCUAUGACUUUGGCAAGAGGGCUGAAGUCAGGAACGCUUUACACGGCGAGUGGAUCCAACUCAAACAUUCUCCUGGCAGGAGCUGUCUCACAAUCGCACUUGUGGCACAAUCGCUUAGGCCACAUGAGCGAGAAAGGAAUGACGAUACUAAAGUCGAGAGGACUUUUACCCGAGUUGGAGUCAGUGGACGUGGGUCUCUGCGAGCAAUGCGUGCUUGGAAAGCAGAAGCGAGUGAGCUUCACGACCACCGGGAGAGCUCCAAAGACAGAAAAACUGGAGCUCGUGCACACUGACUUAUGGGGGCCAGCACCGAAAGAUCGGUCCGUUAGUGCAGCUGUGUUCGGGGCCGGCGGGUGCUUGUAG